AUGGCAGCAAUCAGUUUACUUAAUCCCAAAGCUGAAUUAGCGAGGGCUUCCCAAGCACUGGCCGUGAACAUUUCUGCCGCAAAAGGAAUCCAAGAUGUGAUGAGAACUAACCUCGGUCCUAAAGGAACAAUGAAAAUGUUGGUCUCUGGUGCUGGUGACAUAAAAAUCACUAAAGAUGGUAAUGUGCUCCUUCACGAGAUGCAGAUCCAGCACCCAACUGCGUCCCUUAUCGCUCGCGCUUCUACCGCCCAGGACGAUGCCACUGGAGAUGGAACUACUUCUACCGUGCUCCUCAUUGGAGAGCUCCUGAAGCAGGCUGAUAUUUACAUUAGUGAAGGUCUGCACCCGAGGAUCCUAACAGAAGGUUUUGAUGUAGCUAGAGUGAAGGCCUUGGAAGUUCUUGAAUCAAUCAAGAUUCCCAUUGAAGUAAAGCGAUCAGAUUUACUCGAUGUUGCGAGAACAUCUCUUAAGACUAAGGUCCAUGCAAGCUUAGCUGAAGUGUUGACUGAUGCCUGUGUGGAUGCAGUGCUGACUAUCCGCGUGCCAGAGAAACCAGCUGACCUGCACAUGGUGGAGAUCAUGGAGAUGCAACACAAGACUGCUACGGAGACCACCCUCAUCAAAGGUUUGGUGAUGGACCAUGGCACUCGCCACCCUGACAUGCCAAAACGUGUUGAGAAUGCCUACAUCCUCACUUGUAACAUCUCCCUCGAGUAUGAGAAGACUGAAGUUAAUUCUGGAUUCUUUUACAAAUCUGCUGAAGACAGAGAGAAGUUAGUAGCUGCUGAACGUGACUUCAUUGACCAGAGGGUUAAGGCUAUUAUUGCUCUGAAGAAAAAGGUUUGUGAUGGCACAGACAAGAACUUUGUUGUUAUCAACCAGAAAGGUAUUGACCCUCUUUCCCUCGACGCCUUCGCUAAGGAGGGCAUUAUGGGAUUACGCAGGGCUAAGAGACGUAACAUGGAGCGUCUGGCUCUGGCGUGCGGUGGCAUCGCCAUGAACUCUGUUGAUGGCCUUAAUGAGGAGUGCCUGGGUUAUGCUGGUCUUGUGUAUGAGCAUAUUCUUGGUGAAGAGAAAUAUACCUUUGUAGAGCAGUGCAAGAAUCCCCAAUCUGUAACUAUUCUUAUCAAGGGACCCAACAAGCACACUCUUGCACAGAUCAAAGAUGCCGUCCGUGACGGCCUUAGGGCUAUCAACAAUGCCAUCGAAGAUAAGUGUGUUAUCCCAGGCGCUGGCGCCUUUGAGAUCAAAGCCAACACGGAAUUAUUGAAAUACAAGGACACUGUCAAGGGAAAAGCACGUCUGGGUAUCCAGGCUUACGCCGAAGCUCUGUUAGUAAUCCCCAAAACCUUAGCUAUCAAUUCAGGCUAUGAUGCUCAAGACACUAUUGUGAAGCUUCAGGAGGAGUCGCGCCUAAGCCCUGAUCCCAUUGGCCUCGACUUGAGUACUGGCGAAGCUAUCAAACCAACCGACUUGGGCAUCAUUGACAACUAUGUUGUUAAGAAACAAAUUGUCAACUCCUGUUCCGUUAUUGCCAGCAACCUCCUCCUUGUUGAUGAGAUUAUGAGAGCAGGAAUGAGCAGUUUGAAAGGAUAA